AUGGACAGAGAACAAUCCCACCAACUUCAGCUCCUUGGCUUCUAUGGCAUUUUGAGGGAAUCCUUCACCAUCACAUUCUCAAAGAGGAAAAUUUUCAGCCAAAUCACAUUUCUCACUAUCUUCCCUCUUUGUCUCCUCUUCUUAGCCCAUCUCCAAGUUUCCAACUUCCUCUUUGCAAACAUAAUUCACAAUGAAGAGGCGUUGCACCACGCUCAAGACUUCUCCUCCAUUUCAGGCGCCCUACCGUCCGAAAUCGUCCUGUUUUGGCUCAUCAAAACCGCGUACCUCAUCUUCUUCCUCGCCCUCUCCUUACUCUCGACGUCUGCAGUCGUCUGCACCGUCGCAUGUGACUACACAAGGAAAGAAACCAUGCUCACGGACGUUAUGACCGCCGUGGUACCCAACGUCUGGAAACGACUCCUGGUGACGUUCGCAUGGAGUUUCAUCAUCGUCCUUUCGUACAACGUCGUUGCUUUCCUGGUACUACUCCCAUCACCAUUAGUGUCGUCGACAAGCCCUAGCCCGGCCCGAGCCGUGUUUUCGGGCGUCCUUUUCGUCGUCUACGUGGUGGGUUUCGUGUACGUCAGCAUCAUAUGGCAUUUGGCAACUGUGGUCUCGGUGUUGGAACAAGAAUGUGGGAUUGAAGCCAUGAUGAGGAGCAAGGAACUUGUGAGGGGCAAGGUGGUCAUUUCAGGUGGGGUAUUCCUGUUCCUCAACUCAUGUUUUGUGUUGAUCCAGGUGGGGUUCGAGAGGUUUGUAGUUGUGGACGUGGGGGGGUCGUUUUGGGGCAGAAUCGGGAGUGGAAUUGUUGGUUUGUUGUUGUUGUGUGGAUUGACGUUGUUAGGGCUCAUAGUUCAGACGGUGGUGUACUUCGUCUGCAGAACGUGUCAAGGCGAAGAUGUGGUGGGCAAGAUGUGGUCUGGACAUGAUGAGGUCGAGGUUUACUUGGGUGAUUAUGCUCUCUUGAGAUCUGAUGAGGAUGUUCGAUUUCAGCAACUUUACGUGUAA